CUUCUAUAUGUGUGAACAGAAAUAUAUUGGAACAAUCUAUGCCUUCGUAUGCUCUCUUUCUCUCUCAUCCUUUUCUCUCUUUCUCUCUCUAGACAUAGCAGAGCUCUAUAGCCAUGGCGUUUCACGACAAUAUCUCUCACCAAAUGGCUCUUCAACACUACGCCGACCAACAGCAGUUGACGGAGAACGUCGAGGUUCUCAGAGGAAUACUACCGUCCGACCAUCACCACCAACACCACCACCUCGGCCAAUCCUCUUCGUCUCCGGACGCUGGCCCUAAGACGUCGCAGUCUCCGCCGCCUACAUGGCUAAACAGCGCAAUUCUCCGACAACACAACCACCACUACGGCGGAGACGGUAGCGGCGGCAGUUUCCUCCACUUGCAAACCACCAAUUCUGACUCAUCCAAUUCCAACAACCACUGGCUAUCUCCUCGGCCUAUCGAUAACGACGACAGUAAUCGAGAAUCGAUGUUUGUUUCUGCGAUUAAUAGUGAGAAUAAUCUCGAUGAAAAUGCUAUGAAAUUGAGUCAACGGCAGAGUGAGAGCGACGGGAACGGAAACGGUAACGGAAAUGGAGGUAAUCAUGAGAGAGAUUGGGAAUUCGCUAAGUGUAAGGCGGAUAUACUAUCGCAUCCGAUGUACGAUCAGCUGUUAUCGGCGCAUGUAUCGUGCUUGAGAAUUGCUACGCCGGUGGAUCAGUUACCGAGGAUCGAUGCGCAGUUAGCUCAAUCUCAACAGGUUAUAGCUAAGUACUCUGUUUUUGGCAAUCACAAUCAGCCUCUUGAUGAUAAGGACCUCAAUCAAUUCAUGGCACACUAUGUCGUACUCCUCUCUUCAUUUAAAGAACAAUUACAACAACAUGUUCGUGUCCAUGCAAUGGAAGCAGUCAUGGCUUGUUGGGAGCUGGAACAAUCUCUACAAAGUUUGACAGGGGUAGCACCUGGUGAGGGUACAGGGGCAACAAUGUCUGAUGAUGAUGAAGAACAAGUAGACAGUGACACCAAUAUGUUUGAUGGAGGUCUAGAUGUUUCCGACAGCAUGGGAUUUGGUCUUCCUACUGAAAGUGAACGUUCUUUAAUGGAACGUGUUAGGCAAGAGCUAAAACAUGAGUUGAAACAGGGGUAUAAGGAGAAAAUUGUGGACAUCAGAGAGGAAAUUCUACGUAAAAGAAGAGCUGGAAAAUUGCCUGGAGACACCACGUCCCUCCUCAAAGCCUGGUGGCAAUCCCAUUCCAAGUGGCCUUACCCUACGGAGGAAGACAAAGCAAGAUUGGUACAAGAAACAGGACUACAGCUAAAGCAGAUUAACAACUGGUUUAUCAACCAAAGAAAAAGGAACUGGCACAGUAAUCCUUCUUCCUCCACAGCUGUCAAAACUAAACGCAAGAGUAAUGCCAGGUGAAAACAGGAAAUGGUGUGUUGUGUUAGAAAAGGACAAUCAUACCCCUGGUCACAGGGGUAAGAGACAAAUCCAUUGAAGUGACGUGGUACAGAAAGUAAAUGAGGCGAGGCGUGCCAAUGAUUUCUAAAGCUUCAUAUACAUAAACAAAACAGUUAUCCUUUUAAAGGUAAUCAAUCGUUAAUCAAUCCGACCAACGAUACUCACAACACCUAUUAUUUAAUUUAGUAAUUUAUAAUUGUGGACGUGUAAUAUUUGUUGUACCAAUUAUUAAUUAGUUUUCAUUUUCAUUGGGUGGGGUUUUUGGUCAGUUAUAGUUGUCGACAGGUUUUGUAUGUAAUAAUAAUAGUAAAGAACAUGU